AUGUUCAGUGAAAUCGGAAAACAGACACCAUGUUUUGUUCGUUUCUCCACUGUGGCUGGAGAAUCCGGAUCAGCAGAUACGGCCCGUGAUCCACGUGGUUUCGCUAUCAAAUUCUAUACGGAAGAAGGCAACUGGGAUAUGGUCGGCAACAAUACACCGAUUUUCUUUGUUCGUGAUCCAAUCCAGUUCCCGAGCUUCAUUCACGCCCUCAAAAGAAACCCUCAAACUCAUCAGAGGGAUCCAAAUGCACUGUUCGAUUUCUUUGGACUUCGUCCCGAAUCUACACAUCAGGUGAUGUUUCUGAUGUCCGAUCGUGGUACUCCUGAUGGCUUCAGAUUCAUGCACGGUUACGGAUCGAAUACUUUCAAGCUCGUCAACGACAAGGGAGAGGCCGUCUACUGCAAAUUCCAUUUCAGGGUCCGAUUCGAUAGUCUAAACUGUUAUUCGAGAUACAGCAUAAAGGAAAAGCCUACUUUUCAGGCCCCAAAAAUCAAAAAUCUCUCUGCGGCUGAUGCUGCACGUCUUGCUGGCGAAGAUCCUGACUACGCAAUUCAUGAUCUGUACAAUGCCAUCGAAAAAGGAGAUUUUCCUCAGUGGAAGCUCUUCAUUCAGGUGAUGACAUUUGAACAAGCGGCAAAAUGGCCAAUGAAUCCAUUUGAUGUUACCAAAGUCUGGCCUCACGGGGCGUUCCCACUAAUUCCAGUCGGGACAAUGACUCUCAACAGAAAUCCAAAGAACUACUUCGCUGAGGUGGAACAGGCGGCUUUCUGUCCUGCUCAUGUGGUUCCCGGGAUCGAAUUCUCUCCCGACAAAAUGCUUCAAGGUCGAAUCUUCUCGUAUCCAGAUACGCAAUUCUAUCGUCUGGGCACUAAUUACACUCAUUUGCCAAUCAACUGUCCUUAUCGUGUCCGACCACACAACGUUCAACGUGAUGGGGAGGCUUGUUAUGAUAGUCAGGGCAACGCUCCCAAUUACUUCCCGAACAGUUUCAAUGGACAUAUUGAAUGUCCAGAAGCGGCGGAUAGUAGAUGGAGCGUGGCAGGAGAAGUCGCCCGCCAUGAAUCCAUCACAGAAGACAAUUUCGUGCAACCACGAGUAUUCUGGGAGAAGGUACUGGACGCAGGAGCGCGAGAUCGACUCGUCGAAAAUGGUUUCGUAAUGAUGAAGGACUGUGAACCGCGCAUACAGGAUCGUAUGAUUGCGAACUUUGAACAGGUGCAUCCAGAUUUUGCUGACAAACUUCGGAGGAAGAUUGAGGCUUAUAGAGCAAGCAAAGUGAGUUCAGGGACAUGCAAGUUUACCAAAAUAAAUAGUCUAAAAUUAAAAACUUAG